CCUUCCCGCAUCAAUAUAGUAGCACAUUCACCAUUUCUUCUUCGUGCUUUCCUGUAAUUUGCUUUAUAUUUUCUGAUCCAGGUGUAAGGCUUAGGUUUUCCCUGCAAAAGAGGCGAUCUAGGGUUUUCGAAGUUCGAUCGUACCCUAAUGGCGCUUGAGUGGGUGGUCCUCGGCUACGCCGCCGGCGCAGAGGCGGUUAUGCUUCUUCUCCUAACUGUACCGGGGCUCGGCCGUCUCCGCACCGGGCUCGUAUCGGUUACACGCUCGCUCAAGCCGAUGUUAUCGGUUGUUCCCUUCUGCCUCUUCCUGCUAAUGGAUAUCUACUGGAAGUACGAGACUCGGCCGACGUGCGACCAGGAACACGCCUGCACGCCCAUGGAACACCUUCGCCAUCAGAAAUCGAUCAUGAAGAGCCAGCGAAACGGGCUCUUGAUUGCCGCCGCACUGCUCCUCUACUGGCUUCUGUUCUCUGUUACUAACCUCAUUGUUCGCCUUGAACAACUUAACCAGCGCGUCGAGAAGCUCAAGCGGCAGGACUGAGACGGUGAUCCGUUGGGAAGGAGGGACCGCGUGGUGAAGGCAUCAUACUUUGAUCUUUUCCAAUCCCUUUACUUUUGUUUUUCUUUGUUGAAUAAUAAACCCCUGUUUCAGAUUUUCGCCGGCUUUUACUACGCUGUUUAUUUUUUUGAGUUUGGUCUCUUUUGGUCUUUGUUUGUGUACACCCGACACCGCUAUUGUUCUUUGGGCUGUGUGUUUUAA